UUUGUAAGAGGUAAGGAAGAACCGUCUUACUACAUUUUGAUUUUUUUUUUUAUAUAUCUGGAUAAUGCCUCAAUGACUGCUAACCGAUGAAAGUUAAAUACUUUCAUUUAGCUGGGCCCUAGACAUGAAUGUGGACUAGGUAGACCAUAACUUCGUUAUCAAUAAUAGUUAACUUAAUAGUAAUACUGACUCUGAGUGACUGACUACGGUUGGUGACAAAAGUCAUCAUAACUUAAGCGUGUAUGAGGGAAGUGGAUGAUUCUGUGUUGGCAAUGAUUAAUUAUCUAACCCAUAAACUACGAACUCAAUCCCUGAAUGAAAGCGAUCCAUUUCAGUGUAAGCCACAAGAAGACAAUGACAGAGACUCUGGUACAGAAUCUGACGAUGAAGGAGAUGUGGUUGAAGAACUUCAAAAAUACAUGGAAAAUAGGAUGCAUUACAAAGAAAGAAAAGACCAACAUCAAUUUGUGGAAACUCUUGUUGCAGAAACAGGCGAGUGCAAAGACACUAUUUGUGAGUUAAGGCGCGAAUUGUACCAAAUCUCAAAGACGGAGGUGGACAGACCAUUACCAGAGCCCAUCUUUGACUCUGCUUUUCCCCGUGACAGUGACCAUAAUUUGGAACCACAUAGCUCUGAGGAUGAGCUGGGAGUGAUAAACUGUACCAAUAACCUGGUCAGCAGGGGAAGAAGUAGUAGUACCUAUCCUGAGAAAAGAAAGUGGUCACAAGCAAACUGUCCUAGUUUUUUUGAAAACUCUGGCUCAUCUGAUGAUGAAAUACGGGACCUUUUAUGUUUUUCGGCUCCUGUGGAGUUUUGUGCUUCCCCACCUGCAAAUAUACACAAACCAAAUCAAUCUCUGUCUCCUCCCCUCAAAAUUUUGCACUUGACAACUGCCAACAUCCCGGCUCUUGAAUUAUGUUCAUCCUCUAACACCUCUUCAAGGAAGAAACAUCGACAAACUCUGACCAACAGCAAUGGCAGAAGUAACAUUCAUCGUCCAUGUCUGGAUUUUGAGAAGAUGCAACAGAAAUUACACGGAACGGAAGCUUGCCCAGGUGCGAAAUAACGCAGCUAGAGAAUUUAAAAAUCGUGGUUUUACGUGGAACGUCUUCACACAACAAGAGUGAUCGAUUUUUGACGAGUAACUCAAUUAUUGAUUUCUCGUGCACAACACUGUAUUGCUGUUGAGCUGCAGUUUCAAGCUUUUAGCUAAGAAAAGCUGCAUUUAUCCGCAUCUGGUUGUCAUGGUUACCCUCUCCUUCUCUCGUGAAGUAUAUAUUUUAGGGCUUUUAUAUUUGAGAUUUUGUUUCUGCUAUCGACUUUUUGAUCUGUAUUCAGAGGGUUUAUACUCGACUUGGAAAAAAAAGAAUUGUUUUUAAAAGUACAAAAGUUUAUCAACCAAUUGGAUUAUUAAAGUACACGAAUAUAAUAUACAACUAACAUGGAAUUUAUUAAUUGCUAAACAAGCUAAAUCUGUACGCAUAUCUUCGAAGUAGAAAUUGAAACCGGCGUGCACAAAUUAUUUGUUUUUAGCUUUAAAUACACAAUAUGUACUAGUUUCGGUGUGAAUUUAUCGGUUUGUCCUGAUUGUUAAUCGUACUAAAAGUUAAUUGCAUUAAUCGAUUUCUAGAUAUCAAACCUAGCUAAGCCAAAGGGAACUACUUUUUUUCUUUAAUUGAUGUUCGUGUGUCGUGUGGCUUUAAUUAGAUGGAUCAUGUAAAAUGAAAAUCACGACGUUGAGGUAUUUUGCGUUUGCGUUAUCAAGUACACCCUAGAUCGUGAGACCGAUACAAAUAUAUUUGAAAAUAGAAAAGGCAGGACACCGAAACUCAAUACUGAUGUUAAGUAUCUUCGUUUAUGUAGCCUUCGGGACAGAAGGAAGACUGCCACUCAAGCAUGAGAUAAACAACCAUGUAGACGAAAGCCGUAAGACUUUCGAAACGUCGUCCUCUACAUUUGUUCGUUUCUACAACAGGCAGUUGCUGUACAUUUGAAACUUA